CUGCGUGAGGAAUAAAAGCUACAGGCAUCUGCUAGUAUUCGGCGUGGAUAUACACUGACAGCAAUCUACAGAAAGACUGAUCCUUCUUUUGAUAUUAUGCUGUUUAGAGCAGCUUUUCCUGUUCAGCUUCAUACAUCGAGGUUUAUAUCCAGAUGAUGAAAGCAGGAGGAAGCAUUUUCCUUAAAAUGGCAGAGAUGGAUCUGAAAACGGCCACAUCGACAAUGGAAGCAUUGGUUCGUAUCAGUUCUAACAUGAAGAGCCUGGAGCGUGAGCUGCACUGCUCUGUGUGUAAGGACAUCGUCAAACAGCCCGUGGUCCUGCCAUGCCAGCACAGUGUCUGCCUCCUGUGUGCCUCUGAGGUCUUAGUAGCAAAUGGCUACCCUCCUCCAGAGCUCCCCCCUGAGCCGAACUCCCCGGCCUCCACGCCCAACAUGCGCUCACCCCGUCAGGCCCGCAGGCCCACACCUAAACACGAGCAGAGACCUAUUGACCGCGUGCUGCGGGCAGGCCCCCAUCCGCCCUCCCCAUCCAUGCCUCGGUCUCCAGGAUAUGGGUCGUAUCCAGGACGACGACGCAAGGAGGGCCCGCCUCUAGUGAUGCUGUUCCCCUGUGUCCCCUGCGGCAGAGAUGUGGAGCUGGGAGAGAAGGGCCUCACUGACUGUUUGCGCAACCUCACGUUGGAGCGGAUAGUGGAGAGGUACAGACACACAGUGAGUCUGGGCAGUGUGGCGGUCAUGUGCCAGUUCUGUAAGCCUCCCCAGGCUCUGGAGGCCACUAAAGGCUGCGCUGACUGCAGGUCCAAUUUCUGUAAUGAGUGUUUCAAGCUGUAUCACCCAUGGGGGACGCCACGAGCACAACAUGAACACAUCCUGCCCACACUUAACUUCAGACCAAAGGUUCUGACUUGUCCAGAACAUGACCAAGAGAAACUGCAGUUCUACUGCAGGUCGUGUCAGCGGCUGCUCUGCCCUCUCUGCAAACUACGCCGCAUCCACUCCGGACACAAAAUCCUCCCUGUGGCACAGGCGUACCAGGCCCUGAAGGAGAAGAUUACAAAGGAGAUGAACUACAUUUUGUCCAACCAGGACACAGUGCUCAGUCAGAUUACCCAGCUGGAGAGUUCCAUCACACAGACUGAGGUAAACAGUGUAUCAGCCAGAGAGCAGCUGGCUCAGAGCAUCAGGGAUCUGACGGCUGCCCUGGCCGAGCGCCACGCCUCGCUCACCCAGGCUCUGGAGGCGGCACGUCAGAAACGAGGCGAGGCUUUGGCUGCUCAAGUGGCCGAGCGCCGGAGCUUGAUGGAACACGCGGGGCUCAUGGCGUUUACCCAGGAGCUGCUGAAGGAAACAGACCAGCCCUGUUUUGUGCAGGCUGCUCGCCAGACUCACAACAGGUUGAGCAAAGCGAUCGAGAAUCUGCAGCAUUUCACUCUGGCUGCUGAUCCGUCCUUCAGACACUUCCAGCUGGACGUCUCCAAAGAACUCAAACUUCUGACGGAGUUGAACUUCAUCCAAGCUCCCCAGGCUCCAGUGAUCGAUACCCAGCGUACCCUUGCCUACGACCAGCUCUUCCUGUGCUGGAGACUGCCCCCAGAAUCCGCCCCCGCCUGGCACUUCUCUGUGGAGUAUCGCCGUCGCGGUGUGGUACCAGGAGGAGCGUCUAGAGGUGGGAUCAGAGGAGGAUUGGCGGCUGCCCGCUGGGGCUGGCAGCGAUUGGAUGAAGUGAGUGGGAGCAGCGCUGUGAUUGACAGGCUGGAGAUGGACAGUGUGUACGUGCUGCGGGUGAGAGGCUGCAACAAGGCAGGCUACGGCGAGUAUAGUGAGGAGGUGUACCUGCACACUCCGCCUGCACCUGUGUUAAACUUCUACCUGGACUCUCGCUGGGGUCUCCAUGCAGACCGCCUGGUGGUCAGUAAAGAGCAACGCUGUGCUCGCAGCGUCCCUGGUCUGUCUCUGCUGCAGGCCGCUGACCACGCCCUUACUUCCUGCCAUCUAACCUCAGAUCUCUUAGUGGGGGAUGUUGCAAUAACGCAAGGAAGGCACUACUGGGCAUGCUCAGUAGAGCCUGGGUCCUACCUGGUGAAGGUUGGAGUUGGUUUGGAGUCUAAACUGCAGGAGUGGUUUCACCUCCCACAAGACAUGGCAAGUCCUCGCUACGACCCCGACAGCGGUCAUGACAGCGGAGCAGAAGAUGCACUGGACUCGGCUCCACCCUUCUGCUUCCUCACUAUGGGGAUGGGGAAGAUCUACCUGCCCCAACACAGUUACCACCACAACAACAACCACGGCAGCGGCGCCCGAGACCCCAUCAGCAACGGCCCCUCCUCGCCUACAGGCGUCACCUACCCGCUGCCACCACGGCUCGGCGUGUGCCUUGACUUUGAGAAGGGUAGGGUCACCUUCUAUGACGCCCAUUCCCUACGGCCUCUAUGGGAAGGCCACGUGGAUUGCUCCGGUCCUGUGUGUCCGGCUUUCUGUUUUAUUGGCGGUGGGGCGCUGCAGCUGCAGGAGCUGGUGGCAAAUCGCAACGCAGAUCAGACUCCGGUACGGAGGGUGACCAUCCAACCACGUGUCUCCAAUUUAAACAACAACUGAUGGAGCUCAAACAGUCAUUUGGAAUGUAAUUGUGAUGUAUUUACUCAGCUAGAGCGAAAAGUUAGAAAUCUCAGCGAUUUUGUUUUGUAUUUCAUUUUCUUUGUACAAGAAAAUGUUUCUAUAGCAACAAAUAUGCAAUGUAAUUAAGUUUUUUACAUUUUUGUUACAUGCAGUUUUGCAGGAAUUAUUGCUUAAGUAGUGUCUGGGAUUUCCAGCACUUUAUAUGUAAUAAAAACUUUGACGCUUGCUCUUGUAGCCAGGCUAAACUGCAUACAUUUAUAAAGCUAAUGUAGAUUCAGCAUCACACAUUGUGGUCUUCUCUGUAGAAGCUUCUCUGUCAUUCCACAUCCAACAUGUUAAAAUCUUUUAAAUCUAUUAUGUGAGUAAAAAAAAAAGAGGCCUCAACUAUUUAAAUGCUUAUAUGAGUGAACUUGUAAUAAACCACAGAGAUUUCUUUGCUGUUGGUGAACACUUUUCUGUAAUUUACGCAUUAUGAUCCCAACCAAAGUUAUUGUUUUCUGGGAUGUAAAUGCGGUAAAUUAGAGGUAGAAAGGAACAAUGAGGCAAUACUGUAAUUACAAGCUCCAAUUAUACCUCUGCUGCACAGCUAAUCACUGGUUCCCGCCGUUCUGUUUGUGCUACUUUGUAUUUCAAAUACAUGAGUCUGAAGGCUGUGAGUGUGUUUACUUUCCCCACGCAUGAGUACGUGUGCGGUUUGACUGACAACGCU